AUGGCCGAGGAAAACGUUUUUUUGUUUGUUCCAAAUAUAAUUGGCUAUUUAAGAAUAUUGCUACUGCUAAUUUCCAUGUAUGUCAUGCCAACAAACCACAUAGUUGCUGCUUGGUGCUACAUUAUAAGUGGACUGUUGGACUCUCUGGAUGGUCAUGCUGCCAGAUUACUUAAUCAAAGCACAAAAUUUGGAGCAUUCCUGGAUAUGUUGACUGAUAGGUGUGCAACAAUGUGCUUGCUUGUUGUCCUGGGGACAUUUUACCCUAAGUGGAUGUUUGUCUUUCAAUUAGUGAUGGUUGUAGAUAUAGCAAGUCAUUGGAUUCAUUGUCAGAGUGCUCUGAUGAAAGGGUCAGACAGCCAUAAGAAAAUUGACCUAUCUGGCAAUUCAAUCUUGAGAUAUUACUACACAAACAGGACAGUAUUGUUUCUUAUGUGUACUGGCAAUGAAGCAUUUUAUGCCAUGCUCUAUCUACUAAAUUUUACAUACGGGCCUAUCAUUCCUCUUGGGCCUCUGUCAUUUGGCAUCUUUAAGUUCUUGUGCAUACUGACAGCUCCAGUUGCCGUCGUGAAGAGUUUCAUAAAUUUAGUCCAGAUGUAUGCAGCAUGUCUGAACGUCGUUUCCAUUGAUAAUGACGAUAGGAGGAAAAAUGAAUUUAAAAGUGAGAUGAAGAUGUCAUAA